GCUAAACAUCUCACAACCAACAACUUGGUCACACUGAUGAAAUGCUCACUGGAAAGCCAAAGGACAUACUCAGUGGAAGUUUGGAAGCUUUUCUUCCAAAAAGCUUCUUCUACCCUGGACCAGGCUCUUGUGACAUUGGCUACCAAGGCCUCCAACAAUGGUAGCCAAGCCUGGUCACAUGCUCUUGAGGCUCUUGGGGAGGUGAGAAUUUUCAACUUCAGUCAGGAACAAAUGCUGAGUGAGGAUUUCAUCAGCAGCUGGUUCCAGACAAAGAUCCGUCCGUUUCUGUCCGCUCCAUCCUUCAACUUCCUAUCCUGUCUUAGCUCCAACAACUUCAGCUGCUUGACAUACCGGACUGUCAUCCAGGCAUUCAGUAGCCAACGGUCAUCCAUGGACAGACACAGACAGAAAGCUGUCUUCACUCAUUUCAUCAAACCAUUCCUGUCAAGAAAUGACUCCUCAGAUCCUGGCUGCCUCACAUCUGUCAGUGGUAGUAAAGAGUGGCUACUAGCAUACCUUGGAAACUUCUCUCAUUAUGCAACCCUGCAGGAUUUGCAAGCCCUCAAUCCCAACUUCUCAAGUUGCAAGAGAACCCCAGUCAAUGAGAACCUCAUCUGUGCUUCAGUCGAUAGAUCACAACUCACAGAAACCCUGUCAACUGGCAGCUCCUCCACAGCCCUGUGCAAUUUUACUAUCACUGAACAUGCCUGUUCCUCGGCCUCCAACAAUGGUAGCCAAGCCUGGUCAAAUGCUCUUGAGGCUCUUGGGGAGGUGAGAAUUUUCAACUUCGGUCAGGAACAAAUGCAGAGUGAGGAUUUCAUCAGCAGCUGGUUCCAGACAAAGAUACAUCCAUUUCUGGCCUCUCCAUCGCCCAGAUUCCUAUCCUGUCUUAGCUCCAAAUACUUCAGCUGCUUGACGUACCGGAUUGUCAUCCAGGCAUUCAGCAGCCAACGGGCAUACAUGGACACAGACAGACAACAAGCUGUCUUCACUCAUUUCAUCAAACCAUUCCUUUCAAGUAAUGAGUCUUCAGAUCCUGGCUGCCUUGCAUCUGUCAGUGGUAGUAAAGAGUGGCUACUAUCAUACCUUGGAAACUUCUCUCAUUAUGCAACCCUGCAGGAUUUGCAAGCCCUCAAUCCCAACUUCUCAAGUGCCGAAUGCUUGUCAGUGCUCACUCCUUCUCAGGUGGCACAGGUGACACUUACUUCAUGGGCCUGGAACAACACAGACAUAAUCGAUCUUGUCUUUGAGCGACUUGAGGAAGGCAACGCUCUGGCAAAUGUGGAUGAAUUCCUCACACAGCUGACAGCAAAUGGAACGGUCCUAGAUUUCCAGCCUGUUGUGAGGGACCGUUUAAUGAACAAGACCUUCGUCAUCAUCAGUCCCCAUCUCCCAGCCUUCAGCAAAGAUGACUUUUAUCAGUGGUUCAAUGUGGAGGUUGCAGAUCUUCUUACUGUCAGUCAACUGGCCCAGCUCGCAGCAACCCCCUCACAGCUACACGGGAGACAGGAUGUGACAAAAAUCAUGAAAGUCAUCAACCCUGUUAACUUUGCUGCUUUCUUUGACAUAGUCUCACCAGCCAUUAAGGCCCACUCAGGUAACUACACAAAGGAGGUGCGAUCUGCCUUCCUCCAGAAAAUUUUUGAAAGGGGAAAUCUGUCACCGGCGGCUGUCAGCGAUGAAGACUUCCUGCUGUGGCUCAGGGUUCGACUGAGUCCUCUCCUGGUCAACCUCUCUCCCGCUCUGCUUCUAAGUACCUUUAACACCUCAGAACUGCGGCAGUUCCUCAGUCAACCAAAUGUGAUUGGUAACAGUUCUGACAUCUGUGUCAUCUUCAACAACUACAACAACACUCCUGCCUUCCUAGAAACUGAGGAUGUUCCAGAUGAUGUGAAGACGGUAACCCUCCCCUGUGUUUGGCCUUUGGCCUUGAGCAGUGGCAAUAGAUCUGAGGCUAAUUUGUGGUUCAACCGACGGUUGAGGAACUACCUUAGAUUUCUCAGCAAGAGCCUCAUCAGCUCCCCUGUAGUCCAGAAUGCUUCAUGUCUUGGCUUCCAGAAACUGGUGUCUGUGAUGGGAAAUAACUUCACAUACAACAGUUCUGAGUUUGGACAGGAGGAUGUGUAUGCCACCAUCAGUAGCUACUUGAGAACUGGCUCUGGAGCCAGAUGCUACAAUACCAGCGAUGCAGAACUAAAUUCUACCUCCUGGUUUGUCGAUCACAUCGGCAGCUUUGUGACAUUUAUGACUCUGGACGAUCUCACCGCCUUUGUCUCCACCACUCAAAUUAAACUGUUCUUGGAGGACCGAGCCAACCUGGAGCUCUUUAACAACAAAGCAAUCCCAGAAAAUGUAACCAGCUACUACAUCAGUCAGCUUUUUGCAUCAAAUUCAACUUUUAACCUGGUCAGUUGCCGAAAAGUAUCGACUGUUCUGGCAUCCAACAUCAAGACCAUCACAGCACAGACAUUUAAAAGUCUUGGUGAUGCCAGUGCAGGUCUAACCAAGAGCCAGCUCGCUUCAGUUCCCCCAUCAGAGCUGGUUUCUUCUUUUGCCACCCUGGCCUCAGUCAGCACCUGGAGUCUGGACCAGGCCUUCACAAUCAUCCAAAACAUUCCUGCCUCACACUUCCAGAUCAACAGUGGAGCUUCCCUGGAAUUCCUCGGCACGCUGGUCAUUGGAGUUCCUUCAGAGUCGGUAGAAAAUAUCCCAGCCUCUGAGCUACUCAACAUUUCCAAGAACGCCAGCUUUGUUGCCAACAUGCUGGCAGCCCCAACAGCCGUCCAGCAGACCUUCGUCAAAAAGAUUAUUUCUGUGGACACGAGUCCGGCCAGCGUGGUGCUGAAUGUCCCCGAUUCGAUGGCACCUGAGAUCCCACCAUACCUGCUGGUAUUUUCUGAGGAGACUGUGGACACCAAAGUGAUCAACAAUAAGACAUGGACACGAGAUCAGGUUGUGAUCGUCCCAUCGUUGGUUUAUUAUAGCAGCAAAGAUGUCCAGAAAGACAACUGCAGGUCAUACUUUUCUGCACUGGGUGCCGCAGACUUCUCUGUGGCCUCCGAAAUUUUGAACAAAGGCCCACUGCUGCUCAAUGAAGCAAGAACCUGCUUGGGCAUAAAUGGCACAAGUCUGAGUAGAGACAACGUGGAGGUCCUGGGGAACAUGGCCUGCACUAUGAAUGGCUCUUACAUACAGAAUGCACAUCCUCUCAUCCUGGAAAAGCUCAAAGCCUGCAAGGACUUCUCUGACAGCCAGGUGGCUGCCAUGGAGACGCUGUUGCUGACGGGGAAAUCACAAUAUGGAAAUGUCAGCACCUGGAACCAGCACACACUGGAGGACCUUGGAAUCCUUCCUCUAUAUUUCACAGAAAACAUUUGGGGCCAGAUUAAAACUACAACAAAGAGAAACUUCCUUAAGAUCUUUAUGCCCAAGCUGAGGAAAACAAAGACAGAGAAGAGGAAGCUCAAGAUGCUGUUUAAGCAGAUCAGCAACCGUAUGAUAAGCCCAAAAUCAGGCUGCACCGUGGGCAACAUCACCCAGGUGACGGUUAGCGACGCUUCCUUCCCCUUUCGCUACGACCAAACACAAUUUGACCUCUGCCUGGACAUCACUGUUCUAAAAGACAACCUCAACUCCAUCUGCGAGAAAGUGGCUGAUGAGGACUUCCACAAAAUCAUUCUGCAGAAACUCCACCAGGCCUUCCCGUCUGGUGUUUCUGAUCAGGAUGUCCAAGUGCUUGGCUCAGUGUCUCGCAUGGCAUCACUCGAUGACAUUUCUAAGUGGAACAUCAGCAGGAUUGACACCUUGGCAGCUCUCAUGAAAGCUGAGGAUGGAUCUUGGGAGGCAGCAAAGAGCAAAGAAAUCAUCACUAAGUAUCUGAGUACUUCUGGGAAGUCCCUGGGCAGCAUUGAGCUGAACGUUAUUGGAUCCAACCUGUGCUCAUUAAACACCAGUACGCUGAAGACCAUCAGCCCAGACAGCAUCAGAAAUGCGAGCGCUCUGAAUGUAGAGUCAUGUUCAGCUGAGCAGAAGAGCGUCCUGUAUCACAUCAGUCACGCUGCCUUCCACUCACAAACUGGCAAUCCCAGCAUCUUUUACAAUCUAAUAAAGUCCUGUUUAGGUGGAGCACCUCUGUUGGACAUCAUAGCACUGUCAACACACAACAUCAGCAUGGAC